AGCCAUUUUGGCUCAAGGCCGCAGGCCACUGCUGGGCUCGAGGGGGGCGCCGUGCUGCGGGAGGACCGCGCGCAGCCCGCGCUGGCCGAGCGCAGCACAUGCCGCACUUUGAGCACAGCAGCUCCAUGCGCGACGUCGGCAACCAGUGGCAGUGGCAUGAGGCGCAUCGGGACGAGAAGAAGAACAUGUACCGCACGUCGUAUUCAGACAUGUCCCAGGGCCGGGAGGUGGCCGUGAAGAGCGACUGCCCGUCCGGUUACGGAGGCCACGUCCCCAGCCUGCGGUUCGACGUCCUCCACAGGAACACGGGCUUCGACAGGACCAACACGAUCCGCAAGAACGACUUUGGUCGAGACACCCUGCCAGACUUCUCGGAGCAGCUGAGCGGCAUCCCCUCGUACACGGCCUUCCCGCAAGGCGCGAACUCGAAGCCCACGGCGGGCGUCGUGCCGCACGACGGGACCACCACCAUGCUGAAGCCACCCUGGGCCGUCGUGGGCGCGGACGGGAAGCGGAAGCUGAACCAGCGCAGCGUCCCGCCAACGAUGUUGAGGGGCUCCAUGUCCUCGCCGUCCCUGAAGAACGCCGGCAUGAACUUGGCCAUGUGAGCGCUCCGGGCCACGGCUCGACCACACGCGAGCCCAGUGGCCCGCGGCUGCGGCCGCACGGGUUGCCGCCCGGCCCUCGGCCAGCGGAGCCGCGUGGGCUGGAAGGGCUCCUCAGCGACCCCGCGGCCGCUCCUCGGCGACGGCCUUCUCGAGGCGGGCGCCCCGGCCUCGCUCGCUGGCCGUGCAUGAAGGCACGGCCCGCGUGCGCCGGCGGCCGCCGCGCUUGGCCUCGAGGGCAUGGGGGCACGUCGACGGCAGGGUGCCAAGAAGGAGAACAAGAGGGAGCGAGAAUGGCAUCAGUCAGAGAGGCAAUGGCAUCUCACGCUUUCAGUUGCCCGGCCCCGUUUGGGCCGUGUGGGCGACGGCACCUGCCGGCCAGCAGGAAGAGGCAUCGGAGCGUUGCGGCUCCGCAUGCGCAGGGCCGAACAGAAAAAACACACGGUUUGCUACCAGAGCUGUGCCUCAAACGGCCCACCCAACCAUCAACGGCAGGGAA